AUGUCUGCGGAGAAGUCCCAUCAUCCAGCACACCUCGAACCAAGCGAACUGGGCACGAAGGAGUACUGGGACGAAUACUACCAGAACGAUCUAGAAAACGGUGUUGGAGUUGAAGACGAAGACGGCGAAGACGAUGUAAACGUCAACGCUGGCAAUGAGGCCGGGAACGAGGAACCACCCGAUCCCUCGGAGUUGGACUCAUGGUUCGACGACGUCGGCGCGCCCGCCAAAACACUGGCGUUCCUGACUUCAACGACAUUCCCGUUGUCGCCAAACUAUAUCCCUCCUUCAGGAACCAGCACACAGGUCCGAGAGGGUGGCAAUGCUCCUGCGGCGGUGCUGGACUUGGGCACCGGCAACGGCAGCGCCCUGUUCGCUUUGCGUCUCCACGGAGGGUAUGCAGGACGCAUGGUCGGGGUGGAUUACUCGAGCAAGAGCGUCGAGCUGGCGAGGAAGUUGUGCGCGCAAUACUCCUCCUCCUACUCCUCCUGCUCCACCUCCUCAAACAUGAAAAUGGAGAACAUCGACUUCCACGUCCUAGACAUCAUCCACGAUUCCCCCGCCUCGCAGCCCUGGUGGCCCGAUUCAGGAUUCGACCUCGUUCUCGACAAGGGCACAUUCGACGCCAUCUCCCUCUCCUCAGCCACAGUCUCCGACGACCACUCGACCAACCGCCCACGACGCAUCUGCGAGCUCUACCCCUCAAAAGUCCUGCAGAUGGUCAAGACGGGCGGCUUCCUGCUGGUGACCAGCUGUAAUUGGACCGAGGCCGAGGUGGUGUCGUGGUUCACUACUUCCUCACCAAGUGGCAGUGGCAGGGGCAGGGGCAGCGAGAAUAAUGAUCCUGACAAUGGUACUAACUCAACCACUCCAAAGGCAGGAAUCUCGGAAGAGGGUGCGAAGAGGGUGGUGUUUGAGGUGUACGAUACAAUAAAGUACCCCGUGUUCGAAUUUGGAGGGCAAAAGGGCCAAGGGGUUGCGAGUGUUUGUUUCCGCAAAAUACUUCAGACAAGGGAGACGAAUCAAGGAUGA